GUGUAACCCGGAUGUGACUGAGGAUGUUUCUCUGAGCUGGCUCACGGACGGCAAACCAUUUUUUCUCACUGUAACGUUAACGGUGUCUCGGCGAUGGGGGUCUGUGCGGGUCCGCGCGCGUCCAUGCUUGUCUGCCUGACCCUGCUGGUCUCUGCGGUCCCCCCACUGGCCGCCUGGGAGGCGGAUCUGGAGCUGCUGGACCUGGUGGAGGAGAUCCCGCAGACCUUCUACCAGUUCCUUUCCGUGGACCAGGACGCCUCAGCAGUAGAAAUAAAGAAGGCAUACCGACGUCUGUCUCUCACGCUGCAUCCUGACAAGAACAAAGACGAAGACGCUGAAACUCAAUUCAGACAGCUCGUCGCCAUUUAUGAAGUCUUGAAGGACGAGGAGAGACGACGCAAGUACGAUGACAUCCUGGUGAAUGGGCUUCCUGAUUGGCGGCAACCAGUUUUCUACUAUAGACGAGUGAGGAAGAUGAGUAACUCUGAGCUGGGCUUCCUCCUCUUCCUCAUCCUCACUGUGGGACACUACGCUGUCAUCUGGUCCAUCUACCUGGAGAAACAGCUGGACGAGCUGCUGAGUAAGAAAAAGAAAGAGAAGAAGAAGAAGCUUAGCUCCAGACCUGCAGAGGAGCUCAGGUGUAUUGGCCAGGACCGGACCGACAGGGUUCAGGACCGACCUCACUGGCAGGACAUCCUCCCUCUUAAGCUGAGCAUCUGGCUUUACCUGUCCGUCAAAAACCUGCCACAGACCGUCCAGGAGGUCAAGCAGUACUAUGAGGACUACCAGCAGAUGAAGCAGCAGCAAAGAGAAGAAGCUGAAGCUGAACAGGAAGCUGUGACCAGAGAGAAGAGGCCAAAGAUCAAGAAGCCAAAGGUAGAGUUUCCAGCUUAUGAGCCAUCUUCAGAGAACCUGAACUACCAGAGCUAUGACCAGACCUCGUCCAUCGAGGAGAUCGAAGAUCAGAUGGAUGCCUGGCUGCAGGACCACAGAGCUGCCAGGAAGAAGGCUGCAGACUGGACGGAGGACGAGCUCAGCCUCCUCAGCAGGUUGAUGGUUAAAUUUCCAGGAGGAACUCCAGGUCGAUGGGAGAAGAUCGCUCAUGAACUGGGACGAUCAGUGACUGAUGUGACGACUAAAGUCAAACAGGUGAAAGACAAUGUGAGCCACACCUCAGGUCUGGUGAAGCUGUCCGAGCUGAAGGGUCCUCUUCUUCCUGUGAGGUCGCUUCCUGUUGCUGACAGUGUGUUUACUCAGAGGAUGUGCGGGGCCUGUGAGGAGGAGCAGGAAGAAGCGGAGGAAGCAGCUCCAGCAGUUCGCCGGAGGAACAGGAAGUCUUUGGCGGCGGCAGCAGACGGGGGGGAGGUGAAGGUCAGAGGUCGUCGACAGAGAGAUUUCGACCCAACGGCAGUGGAAGAGGAGGAAGAGUCGGAGCCUCAGGAGAGCAGGGAGAAGGCGGACCCGACUGCCUGGACUCAGAACCAACAGAAACUGCUGGAACUUGCUCUGCAACAGUUCCCCCGAGGAACUGCAGAACGCUGGGACCGCAUUGCCAAGGUGGUCCCUGGGAAGACCAAGGAGGAGUGUAUGAUUCGUUAUAAGAUGUUGGCAGAGCUUGUUCAGAAGAGGAAACAGAUCAAGAGUUGAUGUAAGGUCCUGACCCCUGACUCGGCCUCCUCCUGCUGUGACC